CAACCUCCGGAAGGCGUCGCUGUGCCAACCGUUGCGAUGGCACCCAACCUCCCCCCUGGAAGUUAAACAAUACACGCUCUUUUCCCCUGUACCAGGCCGUUGUAGAGGCUUCAAUUGACCGAGAGAGACGAUGUUUACGAUGAUAUGUAAUGCUAUAAGCGUGACAGUGACGUUUGCCUUCCCUCUCCUGGCAACGUUCAAAGCGUUGAAGAGGAAUGCGGACUUGAGGCCCUGGGUGAUGUACUGGUCUGUUGUGUCGAUGUAUACGGUGAUAGAGGGCUACUUGUACUUCCUGGUGCGGUUUGUUCCGUUCUACGGGCUGAUGAAGGUGUACUUUGCCAUCUGGCUAAUCCUCCCACAGACCAAGGGCGCAGAGUAUCUGUACUACAAGCAUGUGGAGCCGUUCUUUGAGGCGAAUGAGGCCAAGAUUGAUGAGUUCAUCGACACGUACUCACCUGGAAGAGGAUACCUGGUGUCGUUGUUGGUUACGAAGCGCAGCGCUGUUUCUGCCGACCCGCUGGCUAGCACUCAGCCUUCAACGACAUAUAAUAACAGGUCGCUAUUGGACGGGUUCGUUGAUAGCUUCUCCACGAAUGGAGAGCCAUACAGGGGAAGAGAUCUGCUGCAAGUGGGAACCACGCUUAUCAAGUCAGCGGGAGUGUCAUUUUUUAGUGAUAACAGGGGAACUGGCUUGCCACACUCCACGCCUGUGAAGAAGAGCCCACACCACUCUACCACACCAUCUCCUGAUUUAUCUGUACAGGAACCACUGGACUAUGACAUGGUCCAGAAGGAAGAGAUCAACAGCAUUUUGGAAACAUCACAGGUAUCGGGAAACCACACAACGCCUCCGCCGCCAGUGGCUCGCAGUGAUAGCAGUUGGGGUAACUGGUGGUAUGGCAAGCCCAAAAACGCAUGAUUGUUUGUAUAGUCUCCUGAAUGUGACGGUUCCUUUCCCUGUUUAGUUUGAUAAUGUGAUAGCCCGAUGCUUGUCGCUCAAUCCCUGGUGAUGAAUCCACUGGAUGUGGCAGCACAUCGCAAGAUCCAUAUCCAGUGCUUACUUAUCUGUAAUAGGCAGCGUAACCUUACAUGACAACAUGCACAUGGAUUAUCCGUUACGUCGGACGAUAAUUGGCGGAACAUCAGCUUGACGUUGCCGGAAAAAUGACAUUACUAAUCGAUGCUGACCCAUUGGAUCGCGUUAGCC